AUGGCGUCUGAAGGCCCUUUUCCCCUUUUGGCUCAUCCUUUCCGGUCCCCAGCUCGAGGCGCCGUCGCCUACGAGAUGGGAAAUACAUCAGCCAAGAAUGCGCUCGUCUUUAUUGGAGGCCUGAAAGAUGGCCCUCAUUCGACGCCGUAUAUUCGGACUGUUGCCAGACGCCUGGAAAAGACUCCGGAGCUUGGUUACUCUGUGUUUGAAGCACGAAUCAGAAGCUCGUUUGAUGGUUUCGGGACCUCAGCCCUGGCAAACGAUGUUCUAGAUAUAUCUGCCCUUGUCAAGUACCUUCGCUCCAUUGGUCGGGACAAGAUUAUUCUAUUCGGCCAUUCAACCGGAUGCCAGGAUUGUAUGGAGUAUACAAAAUAUGCAAAAUACGCCAACGAACCCGUAGAUGGCUUCGUUCUUCAAGCACCUGUCUCAGACAGGGAGUCUCUGGAUACCUUUCUUCCAAACUGGCACUCCAAACUUGACUAUGCUAACAAAAUGAUUGCCGAGGGCAAAGGCGGCGACUGCUUGCCUGCUGAGCAUUCGAUUGCCAUGCUGAACGCACCGAUAUCCGCCAGCAGGUUCCACGACCUGUUUGCCAAAGGCGGCGCCGAUGAUUACUUUUCUUCCGAUCUUGAUGACGAAACAGUAAUAGGGUUUUGGGGCCGUUUCAACAAACCUGUGCUUGUGCUACACUCGGAAAAGGACGAGUUUGUGCCGUCAACGGUUGAUCAAGUUGCGUUGAACAAGAAGUAUCAGGCAGCGAACUCGCUUCAGCUUCUUCGACAUCAUCAUUGCGCCUCAGCCUCACCACCGAUAGGCCGACGUCGAGCAUGCGGUAACAACUUCGCACGCACGUUUGAACAAGACAAGAGCUGGAUCGCAAUCAUGGAUCCGUACAGCGAGCAAAAGGUGCUGCUGCACACCGGCUCGUUCACCGGCUACCGACCUCAACAGGAGCUGGGCAGCAACUAUCUCGCCGCCAACGCCUCGUGCAACAACUUCUGCGGCAAUGUAGAGGGAUGGGGCCCCCUGAGUCCGUUCCGAUACGACUUCACGCCGUGCUUCGUCGACGUCUGGAUCGCUACUGUCUCCGUCUAUGGAAUCCUCUUUGGCGCCAUCGCCAUUUGGUGGCUGAAGAAGAAGAAGCAGGAGUUGCCGACGUCUAAGAAUGCGCAUUUCUGGAUUAAACAGACCUUACUCGGAGCCAUCAUUGCCGACGUCAUAGUUCAAUUCGCUUUCCAAAUCGUUAGCUAUGGAAGCAUCUGGUAUCGCGACUUCCGAGCCUGGACUACUGUUGUCCUCGUCUUGUCCUUAUUCUUCAUCUUUACAAUCCAAUGGCUGGAGCAUUCACGCCUGAGAAACGCAAACGGGGUUGUGCUGUUCUAUUGGCUGCUGCUCAUCAUCUCAUUCGCGGUGAAGCAGCGCUCGUUGGUUUCGCAGCAGCUCUAUGCCAAAAACCUUGCGUAUUUCAUCACCUACACUAUCGGGGUCGGCCUCUCUGUGGUGGAGUUUUUGGUUGAGUGGCUGUGGCCCCGUUCGCUGGAUAAUGGAUAUGAAGCCAUUCUCGAGGAAGAGGAGUGUCCUCAAGACUACGCCACCGUCUUCUCCAAGCUCACCUUCUCGUGGAUGACACCACUGAUGAGACGCGGCUACAAGAUCUUUUUGACCGAAAACGAUCUCUGGGGGCUCGCCCGAGCUGACCAGACUAGGAACACGGGCGUGGCUCUCGAAGAAGCGUGGAAACACGAGCUCAAGCACCGGCCCAACUCACCGUCACUUUGGCUGGCCCUGUUCCGAGCCUACGGAGGCCCCUACGUCACAGCCGCUUUCUUCAAGGCUGGAAAUGAUGUUGCACAGUACAUCCAGCCGCAGCUCCUUCGUCUUCUCAUUGCGUUUGUCGCGUCUUAUAACCUUGGAGAGACUCCCCAGCCCAUCAUUCAGGGCGCUUCUAUUGCGCUUGCCAUGUUUGCUUGUGCCGUCUUCCAAACCACAAUGGUUCACCAAUAUUUCCAACUUGCUUUCGAAACUGGUAUGCGUAUCAAGGGUGGUCUGGCCUCGACAAUUUAUCGAAAGUCAUUGCGACUGUCCAACGAGGGACGAUCAUCCAAGUCUACCGGUGACAUUGUCAACUACAUGGCAGUCGAUGCCCAACGUCUCCAAGAUCUCACUCAGUUUGCACAGCAAGCCUGGUCGGCGCCAUUCCAAAUCGCCAUCUGCAUGAUUUCCUUGUAUAACCUCGUCGGAUGGUCUAUGAUGGCAGGUGUCGUCGUCAUGAUCAUCAUGAUGCCCGUGCAAGGCUUUGUCGCUCGAAUGAUGAGAAACCUACAAAAGGAUCAGAUGAAGAACAAGGAUGCCAGAAGUCGAUUGAUCAACGAAAUCAUCAACAACAUGAAGAGCAUCAAGCUCUAUGCCUGGGGCUCUGCUUUUAUGGCCAAGUUGAACUUUGUCCGCAACGAGCAAGAGCUGAAGAACCUUCGUAGGAUUGGCGCGACCCAAGCCGUGGCCAACUUCACCUGGAACACUGCGCCCUUCUUCGUCUCCUGCUCCACCUUUACCGUUUUCGUUCUCACCCAGGAUCGCCCUCUGACUACGGAUAUUGUCUUCCCUGCUCUCGCCCUGUUCAACCUCCUGACCUUCCCCCUGGCUGUGCUCCCCAUGGUCAUCACUUCCAUCGUGGAGGCUUCCGUUGCUGUUGGCCGUCUCACCGCCUUCCUCACUGCUGAGGAGCUGCAGACAGAUGCUGUUACUGUUCGAGAAUCCCCUCAGGAAAUGGGCGAGGAAACCGUUCUCAUCCGAGAUGGUACCUUCUCUUGGAACCGCCACGAAGAUAAGAAUGCGUUGACAGACAUCAACUUCACUGCCUACAAGGGAGAACUAUCAUGCGUUGUUGGUCGAGUUGGAGCCGGCAAGUCUUCUUUCUUGCAAAGUGUUCUCGGUGGUUUAUACAAGGUAAAGGGCUCUGCAGAAGUCAGGGGAACUAUUGCAUAUGGCUCUCAACAAUGCUGGAUUCUCAACGCCACAGUCAAGGAAAACAUUGUCUUUGGAUAUAAAUGGGAUCCCGAGUUUUACGAAAAGACUAUUAAGGCUUGUGCUCUGGUUGAUGAUUUCGCACAACUCCCUGACGGCGAUGAAACUGUCGUGGGUGAGCGAGGUAUUUCUCUUAGCGGUGGUCAAAGAGCUCGAGUUUCGCUGGCUCGCGCUGUCUAUGCUAGAGCCGACAUCUACCUUCUCGACGAUGUUCUAUCAGCUGUGGAUUCCCAUGUUGGCCGACACAUUAUUGAAAAUGUCCUCGGACCCCGCGGUUUGCUAUCUACCAAGACUCGUAUCCUGGCCACGAACGCUAUUUCUGUCUUGAAACAAGCCAGCUACAUCACCCUUCUCAAGGAUGGGGAAAUUGUCGAGAGAGGAACCUACGAGCAGCUCAUUGCUAGAAAGGGACUUGUCGCCGAUCUCUUGAGAACCGCAGGCCAUGAUUCUACCAGUCCCUCUAGCGGUAGCUCUAGCGGAGAUUCUAGCGAAACGUCUACUGUCAUUGAACCUCUCAGCACUCAAGACAAGGAAGAACUGGAAGAAGCACAAGAGCAAGUUCCUGAAAUGGCACCCAUUAAGACUGGGUCCGCCAUGGUGGACAAGCCAAGAUCAAGCAGCAUGGCGACUUUGCGACGUGCUAGUACAGCCAGUUUCAAGGGACCUCGCGGCAAGCUUACGGAUGAAGAAGUCGCGGGAGUCUCCAAAACAAAGCAAGCCAAAGAGCACGUUGAGCAGGGCAAGGUCAAGUGGUCGGUCUACGGCGAGUAUGCCAAGGAAAACAACCUUUACGCUGUGGCUAUAUACAUAAUUGCGCUCCUCACCGCGCAGACGGCCAACAUUGGUGGCUCGGUAUGGCUGAAGGAAUGGGCCGAGAAGAACCAGUAUGUUGGCUCCAACGACCACGUCGGAAAGUACAUUGGCAUCUAUUUUGCCUUUGGUAUCGGCUCUUCUCUCUUGACAGUUCUCCAAACACUCAUUCUAUGGAUCUUCUGCUCCAUCGAAGCCUCCCGGAAGCUCCACGAGCGCAUGGCCAACGCUAUCUUCAGGUCUCCCAUGUCCUUCUUUGAUACCACCCCGGCUGGACGAAUCUUGAACCGAUUCUCUAGUGAUAUCUACCGUGUUGACGAAGUCUUGGCCCGGACAUUCAAUAUGCUCUUCGUCAAUGUUGCCAAGUCUGGCUUCACUCUCAUCAUCAUCUCCGUAUCCACGCCUGCCUUUAUCGCUCUCAUUGUGCCCAUUGCACUGGCAUACUACUGGAUCCAACGCUACUACCUCCGAACUUCGCGUGAGCUCAAGCGUCUGGACAGUGUCAGCCGCAGCCCCAUCUACGCUCACUUCCAAGAGUCGCUUGGAGGCGUCGCCACAAUUCGCGCCUACCGUCAAAUCGAGAGAUUCCAGCUUGAAAAUGAGUGGAGAGUUGAUGCCAACCUUCGCGCCUAUUUCCCAUCCAUCAGUGCCAACCGUUGGCUUGCUGUUAGACUUGAGUUCAUUGGAGCCGUGGUCAUCCUUGCUGCCGCCGGUUUUGCCAUUGUCUCUGUUGCAAGCCACAGCGGUCUUAGUGCUGGUCUCGUUGGUCUGGCCAUGUCUUAUGCCCUGCAGAUUACAACCUCUCUCAAUUGGAUCGUUCGCCAGACAGUUGAGGUCGAGACCAACAUUGUAUCCGUCGAGCGAGUGCUUGAAUACGCCCGGCUGCCCAGUGAAGCCCCCGAGAUCAUUCCUAGCAAGCGCCCCUCUGUUUCUUGGCCUGCCAAGGGUGAGGUCGACUUCAAGAACUACAGCACUCGUUAUCGCGAGGGCUUGGACUUGGUUCUGAAGAACAUCAAUCUCGACAUCAAGACCCAUGAAAAGAUUGGAGUUGUUGGCCGAACCGGUGCUGGCAAGUCUUCUCUGACAUUGGCUCUAUUCCGGCUCAUUGAGCCAGUCACUGGUCAGAUCGAUAUUGACAACCUCAACACCUCUUCUAUUGGCUUGUUGGAUCUCCGACGCCGUCUUGCUAUUAUUCCUCAGGACGCAGCUCUCUUUGAGGGCACUGUUCGUGACAACCUCGACCCGGGCCACGUACACGAUGACAGCGAGCUAUGGAGCGUGUUAGACCACGCCCGUCUGAAAGACCAUGUGGCCGGCAUGGAAGGCGGCCUUGAAGCAAAGAUUAACGAAGGCGGCUCUAAUCUCUCUCAGGGGCAAAGACAGCUCGUGUCAUUAGCCCGUGCCAUGCUCACUCCGUCCAACAUUUUGGUUCUGGAUGAAGCUACUGCCGCUGUCGAUGUAGAGACGGAUGCCAUGCUUCAGGCCACACUGCGAUCUCCCCUGUUUGCGAACCGGACGAUCAUUACCGUUGCGCACAGACUCAACACCAUUCUUGACAGCGAUCGCGUCGUUGUGCUUGACAAGGGUGAAGUGGCAGAGUUUGAUACACCGAGCGAGCUGUACAAAAAGCAGGGCAUCUUUUACAACCUCAUGAGACAGGCGGGUCUUGAGAUUGAUUCUUGA